GAUGUGACAGCAAAGGAAACACUUUUAUUGUAAGAACGUGACAGCCAGAUGUUUUCACACCGCUAACCUUGAAUGCACGGUAUUUUUUUUAACAGCAACAUUAGUUUAGCAACGAAUUAAGCAACUGCUGAAUUACUAUUUGGAAAGACGGAAGUACCAGGUUGACAAGAAACCGAGUGAGUGGAAAUUGAUCAGCUUUUUAGCAAGUCUAGCAUUACCCUUGAAGUAAUUGAUAAUACUAACGCACUGUAGAGUAGUAUAUUCCCUAAAAGGGUAGGGAAUAUAGCACAACUAUACCACACGAAAUAUCUUAACGUAUAUAACAUACCCCGCCUUUUUGCCCUUUUUUGGACAAAUAAACAGUGCAUUUCAUCACUCACCACGAUAGAAUAAACAUAAAUGGCAAGAUGAACUGGCCCUCAAGUCAUCUAAAUCUGAUUUUCCUACUUGACUCUGUGCUUGGUGUCCUCCUUCCACCAGCUAACUUGUCGGUUAAAUCAGUGAAUUUCCUUCACAUCGUGCAUUGGGAUCCGGGGCCUGACACCCCACCAGGAGUACAGUACAAGAUCUUUCAGAGGUUAAGUGGAGAAUCAGUGACUCAAUCAAGGAAUGACUACAUCACAACUGCAACAUCUUUGCAGCUGAAGUUGGACAAGUACAACAAGUAUCAUUUGCGUGUCCGAGCAUUCUACAAUGGGACUUGGUCUCCUGAUUCUCAAGAAGUCCACUUCACCCCUUUUCAACAAACCAUUAUAGGUCCACCCAAAGUAAUCUUGACUGAAUGUGACAACUGCAUUCAAAUCAACAUAUCACUUCCAAAAGCUGAAAAUGGCUCAGGGAUUAAAAACAACGACAUCCUGGCCUUCUACAAAGCUACAAAGUUCAGAGUCUUGUGGAAACAAGAUAACAAAAUUAAGGAUUACAGAACUGAAAACAAGAGUUUUACUGUUUACAACUUGGAAAAAGGCAAAGAGUACUGUGUAAAGAUUGAAAUUGAGAUUACCAUAAAUAAAAAUACUGUGCCAUCAACCUGGAAAUGCAUCAUCACAAGUACUACAAAUUUCAACAGCGUACCCGUUUUGCUCAGUGGAGCUGCUUUUCUUCUGAUUUUUAUCAUUGGUGCCCUGAUGACGUUGACAUAUUUUCUCUACUACACUGGAUUCAUUGGUAAACUUCAAGUGUUUCUCCCAACAGCGCUAAUUGUGGCUCCUAUCGCUGCUAAAUCUUUGCCAAUAGGGAAAACAAGUCCUGAUUCGAUCUCAAUUGGCUCAGAUACACACAAACGGAAGAAGCACACCGUCACCUCAGCAUUAUGUGCUGCCCACAGGACUGGAGUGGAGGAGGUGGAUGAAGAGGACCAAAAUGAAGAAAGUCAUGGCUACAUUAACAAAUAUGGUGAAAUUUCUUCAAAGGAAAAAUCCUGUCAUCAAAAUUGUGAGAUAGAAGAGACCUGUUUGACUGUGAGGUCUCAUACUGAAGAUGAUGCAUCACAUUCAUCAACUGAGAAUGAUCCAGCCACACUGGAUCAACUGGAGGCUGGAGAUACUUUUCUGUCUUCUCGGCCUGAAAUGGAAUUCAAGGAGCAAUUCAUCUUUGAGCUGGCAGAGGAAAUGAACGUAAGCACUGUCAGCAUGUCUGUUGACCUUUCAACUGUGACUUUGCCGGCUAUUGACAUAUGUGAGAAAGAACGAAAUACUAAAGAUUUGCUUGCUGAGCUUUUAAGGACAUCUGAUCAGGAACCCGUAAUGCUCCCGAGCCUCCCGGUCACAAAACCCAUUUUGUCCCAAUCCGACACAGAUGACUUGGCAUCAAUGAUGUGCGAUGAGUGCGAGUCUGAAGAUGAUCAGACACAAGAGACAGUGGAAGAAGAGCUGUUCUCAGAUUAUAUGGGCCAUUGGCAUGGUUAGGCAACAAUGUAACAUCCAAUCACCGACCACUUUAUUAGGCAUACCCUUCCAUCUGCUCGAUAAUGCAAAUUUCUAAUCAGCCAAUCACUCGAUUUCUCAGGUUUUGUCGGAAAUACUUAAUUUCUUCAUUAAAAGAGCCUAGAAUACCACUAGAAGCUUUUUUAACUUGAAGCAAAGUUUUUGCUAAUGUGACGAGAAGAGCCAUAGUACAAGCAGCAGAUGUAUAUUUUUGGAAGGUUCCUCACAAGAAAAAGGUCUCAAUUGGAUCUAUCCUUGAUGGGUAUUUGUAAUACUGUAUAUUGAUAGCGGAUAUAUGGAACAAUUAAUCUGGCGGGACAAGCUAUCACAUGGAAAAAAUUCAAUACCUUUACAGUGCUGGCCAAAAAUAUUGGCACCCCUGCAAUUAUGUCAGAUAAUGCUCAGUUUCUCCCAGAAAAUGAUUUGGUUGUAAUAUUUUCAUGGAUUUUGCUUGCAACUAAAAAAAGUCAAAAACAAAUGGAAACAAAUUUUAAUCAUUAUCAUUUUACACAAAAGUCCAAAAAUGGGCCGGACAAAAGUAUUGGCACCCUUUGAAAAAUCAUGUGAUGCUUCUCUAAUUUGUGUAAUAAACAGCACCUGUUACUUUCCUCUGGCAACAACUAAAUCACACUUGCAGCCAGUUAAAAUGGAUUAAAGUUGACUCAACCUCUGUCCUGUGUCCUUGUGUGUACCAUAUUGAGCAUGGAGAAAAAGAACAAAGACCAAAGAACUGUCUGAGGACUUGAGAAGCAAAAUUGUGAGGAAGCAUGGGCAAUCUCAAGGCUAGAUGUCCAUCUCCAAAGAGCUGAAUGUUCCUUUGUCUACCGUGCGCAGUGUCAUCAGUAAGUGUAAGCCUAUGGCACUGUGGCUAACCUCCCUAGAUGUGCACAGAAAAGAAAAAUUGAUGAGAGAUUUCAACAAAAGAUUGUUUGGAUGGUGGAUAAAGAACCUCGACGAACAACCCAAAAAAAAUAAAAUUACUCGGAUCAGUUUUUAAACUCGAGUUACUCGAGUUGCUCGAGUAUUCGUUUCAGCUCUACAUUUUUGUACUUUAUUCUUGUUUAAAAAUAAUUCGGUGGGACAGUAAAGUGUUUAAAACUUAGGAUAAUUAUAUUUGAAGAGCUUAAAAACCAUUAAUUAAAACAUACAUUUUUUAAAUUAAACUUUGGGGGAAAAAAAGUGAAAAAAAAACAUGUCUUAAACUGUGUGUAUCUCUUUCAAAUGCUAAAUCUGAAUACAUACAUUGAACAGAAAAAAAAUGCAUUUGUUUUUUUUUGUCUGUUUUUGCUACUUCACAGUUUUUCACUUAUCGUGGUGGGUUAUGGUCCGCAUUAACCGCAAAAAACAAGGGAUCACUGUGCAUCUUAUCAUUUUCAACUAAAAAAAUGUUGUCCGAGCAUUUAACACUGGGAAGUCUGGGAUUACAGUUAGUCCCCGGGUUACGAAUACCCGACUAACGUGAUUUCGACUUUAAGACACCAAAGUCUCGUCCACCAUUUUGUCUCGGUCUGAUUUUUUUGGAAGUAUAAACAUUACCUUAUUGUACCUCACAGUAUCUUAUUUUUUACUUUAAUUUAUUAGUAUGAUAUGUUCUUUCCUUGUUCAGCUUUACAGACAUCAAACAAGGUACUUGUGCUUUUUGAAGCUUUUUAGUUCCUUCCCUUUUGUCAGUUUAUAAAGCUGUAACACAUAUGUACACUUAUGUUCAAAACGACACGCAUUUUAACAAUAACAUACUUGACACAAAACAGUUGGUGUUCAAACGUCCGUCUAGUCUAAUCAAUAUAUAAAUUUGGUUGACUAAAUUAGCCUAAUUUACUUGACAAAAUUCCGCGAGCCUAAAUACUGUCAAAGCAUAGCAAAUUGCCGUCACGUAACUCUAGAAACUGUAGCUGUAAACUUAAUUACAAAUGCAUGCAUAAACAUAUAUUAACUGAAACAACUUUCAGCCUUAUGUGUGCCAAACCAGACCGCAGCUAUCCUUUAUCCAUGUCAGCGUCUGAGUCUGCUUCUCAGUCACAGAUGGCGACAGUCCAGCCAGACCCAACGCUGCCACCAGAGGGCAGUGUAUCCAUCAUUAAAUAAAAUACAAUACUUAUUGACUUUUUGAAUAGUUAUUUUGUUGGGAGGAUUCUGCCUUAUGCGGAUAUUCUGGUUACGUCGCCAGCAUAGGAACAAAACUCGUUCGUAGCCCAGGGGACUACAUGUAUUUUUUUUUUUUUUUUGCUGUAUUUUGCUAUAUUUUUUUGCUUAUCAGUAUUUCUCCAUAAUUGCACUUUUACCCAACAAAACAGCUGAAGUGGGCUAAUAGCUAAAAGCCAUUUCGCCAACUGCCUCUCCUCGAGACUUACUGACCAGAAAAACCAAGUGGCUGUGGUUUAGACUGACCAGUAUUUUAAGAGGAUACUCUCCAUUCUGAAGCUAAUGCUAACAAUAUCGCCCGCAGGUAUGUACACAUUUGAAACCCCUGAAUUAAGUGACUUUGAAAGGCUGUUGGUUCCAAACGAGCCUGGUCUCACACUAAACCAUCUCUAGGAUUCAGAGAAUUGUCCAAAAAAAAAAAAAAAUCCAGUAAUCAGCAGUGGACAAAAAUCCCUUGCUGAUGCUAGAGAUCGGACGAAAAUGGCCAGACUGGUUCGAGUUGACAGGAGUGGCACCAGGUGUGGCCGUCUGCUGCUGUAGCUCAUCUCCCUCAAAGUUUAAUUUGUGUAUUCAGACAUGUUCUUCUGCAUACUUUGGUUGUAAUAAGUGGUUAUUUGAGUUCCUGUUUCCUUUCUAUCAGUUCGAACCAGUCUGGUUCUCCUUUUACCUCUGACAUCAAAAAAGCUUUUUCGCCCAUAGAACUUGCGCUCACUGGCUGUUUUCUCUUUUUCGAACCAUUAUCAAUAAACCCUA